AAGGAUCGUUUGGUGUCAUUCGAAAGUAAUGAGAUAAAUAAAAAUAAAGUCGAACUGAUCUCUAGAACAAAGAAAUAAAACCUUUUGCGAGAUACUAUAUAGUUUUAUAUAUUACACGUAAUGAUUCUUUUUCGACUGAGGUACCAUCACUUUUUUGCAAAGGCAACUCCGUUUACGCUGUGUAAAACUAACGUAAAAUGUAAUUCAACACUUUUACGAUUUUUAGGUUCAAAAAAAACGUCCGCAUAAAACAUUUGGAAAAAGUAUUCAGUAGGAACGCCUAUACUGUGUACUGUAGUACAGUAUUAAGCAUAUAGUAUUACAGCAAUACUUUGUAGAGGAAAAAACUUCUUUAAACUGGAUACUUGUUCGUCAUGGUACAGGUAGCACGAGGUUCUUGCAAAAAGCCCUAGUUGAGCUCGAAGGCAUUCCAUACACUGCUUGCGGUCGCGCGACAUUUGAUCAGUCAGCCUCAUCAGAACUGUUAUUACUCGAAAAUUAGCAAGAAAGGAAAAGAUCCGACGUUUAAACCAACCCAUAAGCUAUGUGCUGUGUACGACAAUCUUUCAUACUUGGGGCAGCAGGUAUCCUAAAUCGAACUUUUCGAAUUACUUCAGUGGCAUCUCUGUCCACACUUCGUCCGACACAGGUACAGUCCUUUUCUGCUCUACCUGACUUCAAGUUUACUCAUGCCAUCACCCGAGCUGUUCCUCAAAGCUUUGCGCGUUGUGCAGUGCGGAUGGAUACAUCACAUGAAAUCUGUUUAUCCAACGCUGUCCACCAACUACAGCAUUACAUUGAAAGUUUACAGAGAUGUGGAGUAGAAAUCAUUACUCUUCCUGCUAACGAAGAGGCACCAGACAGUGUAUUCAUAGAGGAUACAGCCUUGGUCAUUGGACAAAGGGCUUGUCUUACACGACCUGCCCUUACCAGCCGACGAGGAGAGGUUCCACCUGUGAGGGAUGUCUUGGAAAAAUUUGGGAUUGAAACAACUGAACUAGAUGAUCCAUCUGCACUGUUGGAUGGUGGUGACAUUAUCUAUACUGGCCAAGAAAUUUUAGUGGGAAGCAGCAGCAGAACUAACAGAGCAGGAAUCGAAAGUCUACAGCGAACCUUCCCAGAAAUUCCAGUGACCUCAAUCCCCAUCCAUGGGACUUUACACUUGAAAAGUGUGGCCACCUUAGCAGAAGCAGAUUUGCUGGUUAUAGGUGGUAGCAGCGCCGCUCAAAGUAUCCUGCAGGCAUUGAAAUCCAGAGCCCAAGGACAAUACCGUUUUCUGCAGUUGAAUGGGGAUGUUGCCUCCAAUGUUAUAAAUGUAAACAAAAAUGUCCUUCUAAAACCUGCAGAAGAAAUAGGAGCAUCUGAUUUUAAGAAGCUGACAGAAGCACUCAGUGUUCCCUGGAUAGAAGUACCAUUCAGCGAGUUUUACAAGGCAGAUGGAUGUCUUUCCUGCUGCUCAUUGUUAAUUCAGAUUAACUACUAAGACAAGGCAUGAUACCACAAAGCUUCCGGUUUAGUCACAUUCUUUGUUUAGGCUUGCUGAGACUAACAGGGGAGAACUUUGCAAGAGGCUAAGCAUUGGUCUUGGCAGACAGACAGAAAUCCACCUAUACACAACCAUGGUCUCUCACGUUUAAAAAAUGUAGUAUUCUAAAUAUAAAUGAAUUAUUGUAGUUUAUGAUUAAGGGGUUUUACUUCAUUCUCUCUCACUCUCUAGUUUUGAGUAAUUUUUUUCAGAUUUCCUUUCCAAAAUAAUCUUUCCUAGUCAUUAUAGUUUUGAUAAUGUUUAUAUGAUGAUAUAAAGUUUUUUAUGUAAGGUUCAGAGAAUUGCAGUUUUCUGAUGGCUGGGUAAAGCUCAGAGCAAGAUACUAUUUUCACAAAUCUGGGUGACUACCUUCUUCUGAUCUUGACAUACAUGCCUACAAAGAUCACCAGCCCUGACUAUUGUAAUGCAGGUGCCUUCUGCAGGCACUUAAAACCUUCUACACAUGCCUUUAAUACACUAGGCCUGCCUGAUAGUGAAGAGAGCAUUUCCCAUAGUGCUGGCAGAUAUCUGUGACAAUCAAAUGCUAAAAAUUGAAGGAAAUAAAAGACGCCCACUAAUCUGAUAACACCGCAUUGAUUAUUGGCAUAGAAAAACAGAUCUGAAAAGCCUGUAACAAUCGUUGAAAGAAUUGUGCUUUUGCAGCUGAUGAGUGAUUUUAAAGGCUCUAGAGUUGGGUUGAAAGUCUGUUCUUUUUCUGCUUCUUUUCUUCUUUUAGAUGUUUGUGGGAUCAUGGGAACUACUAGAAUUUGUUUGUCCUCAAAGAAACUUGCAGUUCUAUUAUUAUUUGUCAGUUUUUUUUUCCUUCUUCUACAGUUUAUCUUUCAGAUCUGUUGCAUUAGGCCUCAUAGUAGACUCUGGUGGCCAUGUUUGUGUGUAUGGCAUACUACUUUGGGACUUGGCUUGCAGGCAGUAUCGGAUACCUGUGGCAUAGAGGCAGGCCCGUUCUUAGUCCCCGCGGGGCCCGAGGCAAAGGGCAUGUGCGGGGCCCUCACGCCACGAUCACACGGUUUUAGUUGGGAUCUAAAGUCACUUUUGUCCUCAGGGAUAUCUCGUCUUUUA